AUGUCUAAUUUGCUCCUCACAUUCAGAGAUGGUAAAUUUGGCGUCAAUUUCGGUGGAUACCACGCGGAGGCUGGUUUAGGUGGCCUAUUGACUGGCGACUCAGCACAUGGCGGACUCAGCGCUUCGGCAGGCACACCCUAUGGGCAAAAAGCUGCUGCUGGCUUAGGAGGCAGCGCCGGUGGCAAUGCCGCCGGUAUAUUAUAUGCGGGUGCAGAAGCCAAUCCACACACCGGCGCCUCAGCCAUUCUCGGCGGUGAUACCAGUAAAGGUGGCUACGGUGGCUCAGUUGCUUAUGCUGAUGGUAAAGUUGUAUCCAAUACAAAAGUCCUUCCAAAUGCACUCAACAAUCAAGUGGAUACAGUGACCAGUGCACCCAGCAACGUUAAGUCCUCAGGUGAAUCAGGGGAGACGUACAUCCAAAAAGUACGACCACCAAAGAAGUACCUCAUCAAACCCAGUACACUCAGUAGUGGCACAAAUAAAAUUCGCAAUAAUUCUGACCGCAAGGCCACUGCUGCCCACCAAACCAACAGCGCAGAGACCCCUAAUCAUGCGGAUGACAUUUUAGCAGCAGCAGCAACGGGAGGAAAAAAUACCGACCAUAAUGACGACAGUAAUGUCGCCGCCUCUACAACCGUGGAAAAACGUAAAUAUGCUGUGAAAAAAAUCGCUGCUCAUGUUGCCGAUGUGCAACAUCCUGCAGCAGCAGCAACCUCCACCAAAACCACAGUCACCAUCGACACCACCAAGGACGUCGGACAAAUCAGCAACCAGCAGCCGCCAGUGCAAACGCACGUUGAAGGUGCCGGCGACAUUGCUGCCGCACCGCCCACCAUUGUUGUGAGCAGACAACGCUUGCGACAAAAAUCACGCAUUCGACCACAAAUUCAGCAUAAACGCGAACGGCAGCAACAGCGGCAACGCGAGCGUGAGCGUUUGGUACAGACACAGCGUGUUGUUUAUUGGACCGAAAGCGCAGCUACCACUACAGACGAUGAUGAUUCGUCGGCAGGAAGUUUAGCUGUCAAAAAACAGCACUACAACCAGUAUGCCGCUCAAGUUGCUGCCAGUGCCAAUGCCAAUGCCAAUUCCAAUGCCAAUGUCAACACAAACUCCAAUGCAGGUGUCAACAUCGCUCAUUCUAAGCAUCUGUCUAAGCGUGUAGAAAAUCAAAACUUUGGUUAUUCCGCUCCAUCACCAAUCCCCGACAUGAACCUGAAUAUUGGACCAGAUGUGGUGACGAGCGCCUUGCAAAUACCAAUCGGAAUUUUGCGAUCACUUCAAGAAACCCUGGGUAACUUGGGCGCUUCAAAACAAGCUUCCGUUUCACUGAAUCACUAAGCGCCGAUGGAGUAUGUAUGUAUGUACAUAAUUUUGUGCGUGCAAACGGCGAUUAUGCAUUCGAUAAUAUAUGUAUUUAAUGAUGUAUACAAAAUAAAAUAAAUAAUACGAUUAUCAAUAAAUUUUUUUAAAGAA